AUGGCAGAAACUCCAGCACAUUCUCAACAGGAUGGUUGUGGUUUUGUAGGAGCUAUUCUUCGGCGUGGGCCGACACGGCCAAACAGCAGCCGGACAUCAUCAUCAUCAUCAGGCCAAAGCAAGAACACCGGCCGAAUUAAGCUUCUUCUAACCUCAGCGAAUUCAAAGAGGCAGAGAAAUGGAAGCUCAGGCGAAGGCGAGUUAGCCAUCUCAAAUUCUUCAUCAAUGUUACCUAAAAAAGCUGAUCUUCCUAAGCCAUCAGGAAAACCACCCAAAAAACCAAGCCUAAAUACCAGCGCAACUACUGCAUUACACAGAAUUAGGCCUAAUGAAAAUAAGGACUCUUCCAAAAGCUCAAUGUCGUUUUUCAACAACGCGAGCAUGGUUGGUUCGAGUAUGAUCAGUGGCUCACAAGUUGUGAACUCUGAAUACACUAAGAAGCUGAGGAGGGAACCAACUUUCACAUCAGGUGAACUGAGUGUGUCCACUGUUAAAAGGAUCAAUAAAGAAAGCGACAGCGGGCGCUUGUAUAAAGCCUCAGCAAACAGCGUUAUGCUUUUACGCGAACUGGGAAAUUUGAACCAAAAUGCCCACAGCAAACCGGUGAAAGUCCCUGCAAUUGGUAACAUUUUGAGGAAGCAGCGAAAUGAGAGGAAUGUCAGUAACUCAUUCAGGGAGGGGAAGAAUGGAAUGAUGAUGAAUCAGAUGGAUUCUGAUUCACUGAAAUCUCUUGGAAAUGAAAGGUUCAAAGAGGGAAAAUUUGAGGAGGCAUUGGAUUUGUACAAUCAAGCCAUUGCAGUUGAUCCAAACAAGGCAUCUUUCUAUAGCAACAAGAGUGCUGCUCUGAUGAGUCUAGGCCGUCUCACGGAAGCAGUUUUCGAAUGUUCAGCCGCUAUUAGCCUGGAGCCCUAUUACCAUAAUGCUCAUUACCGUAUGGCAAGACUGUAUAUCAGAUUGGGAGAAGCAGAGAAAGCAAUAGACCAUUACGAGCAAUCAGGCCGUAAAGCAAGCAGUAAGGAUAUUGCAGAAGCUGAGAAACUUCGGAUACACAUUCGUAAAUGUUCAGGUGCUCGGAGGGAGAAAAACUGGGAGGCAUUACUCAAUGAUAGCCGAGAAGCAAUAAAUAUCGGAGCAGAUUCAGCACCACAGGUCUAUGCUAUGCAAGCAGAGGCACUGAUGGAAUUGCGCAGGCACGAAGAGGCCUACAAAGUCAUCGAUGAAGGACCUAACGUUAGUGUUGAGCUUUGUACUAAGUUAUUUGGGGCUUCUGAAACUGCAAAGUUAAUGAUGGUUCGGGCAAAAGUUUACCUGACAGCCGGAAGAUUUGAGGAUGCAGUGAAUAUUGUUACUCAGGCAGCAAAAAUGGCCACAAGUGAUGAAGUGCAUUCGCUCGCAAAGAGGAUUAACUCGGUUGCAUCAUCGCGAAAAGCAGGAAACAAGCUGUUCAGCUCAUCAAGAUAUGUAGAUGCUUGUCUUGUCUAUACAUCAGCAUUAGAUGAAGUGCCACACAACUCCAUCUUGUUAUGCAACAGAGCAGCCUGCAGAUCAAAGCUCGGACAACACGAGAAAGCAGUCGAAGAUUGUACUGCAGCCCUAUACGUUCGACCUUCCUACAGCAAGGCCAGAUUGAGAAGGGCUGAUUCCAAUGCAAAGUUGGAAAGAUGGGAGGCUGCAUUAAAAGACUAUGAAAUACUAAUCCAAGAAGUCCCUGGAGAAGAAGAGGUGAGAAAGGGAUACUCAGAAGCUAUUCAAAGGGUUAAAAGACAGCAGAAGUACGAAAACCAGGAACCACCAAGAAGAAGUCUUAGCCUGAAGGAUGCCUUAGUAAAUGAGAAGCCUGUUGAAUUUGUUACAGCAGCUGAUUUCUACUGCAAUUCUGACAGCUUCAAGACAUUAAAAGUAUCAAUAGAUGGAAACAGCAGAGCGAAUCGCGUUACACCAGAAUUCAACCGCCCUGUUACAACUUUGCAAGAGAUUUUCACUCGUUAA